AUGUCGCCUUUGGAUUGGGCCAGCUUGGGGGUGGUCGCUUGCCGCGAUGGGACCUCGGCGAUGAUGGACGCAGCUGGAAUCCGUGGCAUCUGCAAAGCGCACCUCCUGGCAGGAGACCAUAUUUAUGCAUGGAAGCUGGGUUGGACGUACAAUCUUCACGGCAUAGUUGUCCACACCCAGCCUUGCUCCAAAGACUGCGUGCACGACACCCUCAACUGCUGCGCUGUGGUGCGCUUCAAGCCACCAGCAGCAGCCGAGCCAGGCCGAAUCGAAGUGUGCUCUCUGGCUGCUUUCGCCCAAGGCAGAGAAGUACACAGAUGCCAGUACGGCAUUUCGCAUGGCCAGUUCUUGCUCUACAGAUCGGGAACCUGCUCGACCCAAGCGGAAGAUCCAAGGCCUCUUACGGUCUUACGGGCACUCAGCGUGGUCGCAUUAGGUGAAGAUGGUGGCAACGAGGUGGAGUACAACCUCCUCGUGAAAAACAGUGAGCUGCUCGCUCGCUGGUGCAAGUUGGGGGAAGCUUCUGGAGUUCGCCGAUUUCUCUCGGCGGAGACUGCGCGAUCCCUCCAGACGUCCCGCGGCCGAUUCAUUAGGCUGGGUCUCGCCGCCACCGUGGCUACUGCCGGCACCACGGUCUUGGCCAAGAGUGCAAUGAGCACCGGGGCCGGAGCAGCAGCCUUGGCUGACGCAGCUGUGAUCGGGUCCAGCACGGCGCUGAGCUUGAGAAGUGCAUUUCGCCAGCUGGCCGUCGACGCGCUGCGGACACCAACCCGGGCGCAAGAAACGCUGAGACUGGCGAGGGAUGCUGCCGAACGAACAGGACUCACGCAGACCCUGUUCCCAUCUGUGCAGGGCCUCGGGCGUGAAGAGCAUUUCGAAGUCCAGUGUCAUGUGCUUGGAUCCUUCGUGAAUGCCUGGCUUUCAGAGCUGCCGGCAUCAACACCUGCAGGGCUGCACCUGGACUCGGCGGUGAGCUACCGGAACUUGACCGAAAUCCUAGUGGAUGUGCUGGAAGCUGGAAGCCCACGCGAUACGCAGCAGUGUGCCGAGCUCGUCCAGAUCUUCUUCGACACGUUCAAAGAGGAUGGCUGUGUGGCACAGUGCUGUGCUGACCGACGCACGAGCUUCCCCAGCAGAACGCACAUUGGGUGCAGGCAGCUCGUGGCCAUGCAGGCCGCAUUGUCCUGGAAGGAUGUGGCAGACUCCGAGCUUUUUAUUGCUGUGCAUGUGUUCUCGAUGCUUUCCUGGGCGCCAAUGUGCGCCUUCCGUGCGUGCCAUUCGGUCACGGCAAACGCUUUCGAACUCUGGGCUGGCCAGCCGCAGCAACACGUUGCCCUCAGCUGGGUUCGUGUACCCAUAACCCGGCAGAGCGAGUGCCUGCGUUUCUUGGGUCAGCACUGUCGCAACGCUCGACAGCUGACCAUCUGUGACACCACUCGCUUCGGUGAACGGCAAUUGCUCCGCCUGGUCUGCGGCAUGCGUUUGUUGGAGUCCUUGGAGGUGGAUGCAUCCUCCUUCGGAGGGGAUUUCCCGGAACCGCAGAGGCUCUUAGACAGAUUGGCCAAGUAUUGCCCUCGCCUGCAGCACCUGGCACUCAGCUUCCGACCCGAGAAUCCUUCCUGCCGCACCUCCUUGGAGUUGCGAGCCCUGGCCUGGCUGGGGCGGCGUCUGCUCACGCUGGACCUGGGGGCGGUCGCGAUUCGGGUUUGGGGCGGCACUCGCACUAUCGCUGCGUGCUGCCCGCUGUUGCAGCGCCUUUGUGCGCAGCUGUGUCAGCAGUCUGAUCCACGAGACGCCGUGGAUCCUGUCGACAUAGCCCGCGGUUGCAGCGACAUCCAGGACUUGGAUCUUGCUCCCGUAGACUGGGGCAACAAAAUCGUGGAGGACUUUACGACGCAGGCACCGGGAUUGAGACGAUUGGUUCUCCGUCAUGUUGCGCUUGACGCGACAGCAACGCUCUUGGCUCCUUUAGUGGCACUUGGCAGAGCCAGUCAGGUGGGUGGCCUUGUCAACCUCCAUUUGGCACUGCAUGCCAGAUCGGAUACAGGCAGAGCCCUUUUCUGGUUGGAGGCGAUCUCGAAAUUGAAGCAGUUGAGAUCCCUCUGCCUGGACUAUGCUGCGCCCCUCACCCUCAAGGACAUUUUGACCUCGCUGACGUCGUCUAGUGAUGGUCACUGCAGCUUGAUGUCCCUGACAGUGCAUGGCUGCCAUGGAGUCGACGAUGAUGCGCUGAAUCAUCUUGCGGCGCGUGCUCCGAAGCUGGAGCAGGUGCGCCUUUUCCCGGACUCGUGGCGGCAGGUUGGCAGUGUCACUUACGGACUGCGCGUUCUCGUGGAGCAGCUCGCGCUCCGGAGCUUAGCACUCAGCUCGCUGUCGCCCCUUGACGGGAACCAGGCCUUCGACUCAGCACGCGCCCUUAGAAUGAGGUCUUUGUCCUUGUUCGCUCCCAUGACAAACGGGUUUCUGGAGACGAGACUGUGGAGUUCAUGGAGGUGUUUGCGGCAUUUGUGGCUGGGUCCGCACAAGCUGAUGCAGAAAGGAGUUUCUGCAGAGUGCCUGAUAGACGAUGCGGGCUUGCAGUCAGUCGUGGAGACUUGCAGCAUGCUUCGGGACUUCACCGUCGCGUCCCACCGCAUCACAGAUGAAGGGGUUCGACUUGUGCUGUCAGCAUGUCGUGAGCUCUGUCGGCUGCGAUGUGGCGGCUGUGGAAUCACAGACGCUUCCUUGCGGUUCCUGGCAACGUUAACGCAGCCACGGCUGGAACGCUUCUCGCUGUGGUUUUCAGGUGUCACCUCGCACGGGCUGCACCAAGCCGAAGAAAACAUGCCUUGGACAUAUUUCGACGUGGACAUCUCUUGA